AGCCAUACUCGUUUCUGACAUUUAGGCAUAAGGGUGACAGAAAAUUAUCCUACGUUAGAUUCAUCCCGAUAAUAAAAUUCUUGAUUCGAAAUGUGUAACCAGAGGAAAGUCGGUGGGAGUUGUGGCGGCAUUAAUCUUCUAAAAAUUCUGCUUUUAACGUGUCUGACAACAUCAUCGUCAUCUGCCUUCUUCGAGAUAACCUCUCUAAGUUUAGGAGAUGCGUCAGGAGUUUGGAGAGGGGUGCCAGAGGUACAUGUAGACAUCGGGACAAGCCUUCAUGACCGCAGAAAUGCUCAAAUAUGUAUGGAUGACACUUACUGGAAUACUGAAAUUGCUGAUGCCAUCUGCCAGUAUCAUGGAUUCGAAAGCUAUAUGGUGAUCAAGGAAACAACACCUCCAGCGCAAGGGUUCAUCUUUGAUGGAUAUGCAGUCUGUAAUAGAAUUGAAAACUCUAAUGUACUGUUGGAAUGCGAAUUUAGAGAGACAUGUGACAACGUUCCUACUAUAUCUUGCAAAGUUCCUGGGUACGACGGAUGCUACAAUGAAACAUAUACUGAUCCAUUCUUUUCUAAUGGCGUGAAAGCAGAUUUAGGAGCUCAGUCUCUUGAUAUUCAGACCUGUGCUACAGCCUGUAGUGAUAGUUCAUAUCUAGGACUUACGAAGGGCCAGGACUGUAUCUGUGGAUCAACACUAGGGGAUCGUAGUCUUGUAGGAGAUUGUGAUCUGGGAUGUCAAGGAGAUGAUCUACAGAUUUGUGGGGGAUCAACUAGUAUAUCAGUGUACAAUGUGGAUACGCUUGGUCGCUGUAUCUCUGAACCUGUUGAUCUGAUUCCCGAUGAACUACUUUACAUAACAUCUCCGGGAUUUCCUGGUGCGGCUACCAUGAUGUCAUGUACGUGGAAGGUAUCGAUCAAUGUUCAAACUUUACAUAACCUCGAGGUACUGACGGUAGCCUCACUAGCCUCGGGCAACCAACUUCACAUAACAUCUCAAGUUAUCCGAGUCUCCCUCAACGGAGGCAAUGCAAGGAGUCGUGUUGCAAGAAAACCUUAUGAUUAUCUCCAAGACACGAUCACGGUCACAUACAAUGCCUCGACUCUCCCUGGUUCAACAAACUUCAACAUCAAAUUCAGCCUAACAGCGAGCACUCCUCUACCAACUAAUAUCCCAGUGGUGGACUCCACGACUUCUAGUGCUGGUCGUACUCUUAGCAGCUUUAUAGGUUUCUUUGUUGGAGUAAUAGUCGCUUCUCUCCCUUUCGUUUAAAGCAACAAUCCGAUUCACCACCAACCUAUCCAAUUAGUAUGAACAGACGAAGAACAAGAGAUCGGACUAAGAAUUUAAAUCCGUUUAUCUCAUUCUGCAUGGAAAAUAUGUUUUGAAAAUUUUUUGGGUGCCAAGGCAAAGACCGACACAAGAUGACAAAGUAAAAUAAUGAUGUAGGUAGUGUGUUGUUUGAUAUAUGCCUUUAACCCCAUUUUAACACAGUACGUGAGUAUUUCAUGGCAAUACAUUCAGUCGGCACUCGGCCGAUGAACAACAAACAAUUGCGAUUAUUUAAAAUGGGAAGAAGAGGGUGACUUGAAUUUGCAUGAUAUCUAAAAAAAAAUGUAUAUGAGCAUUGAUCGUCCUCUGGUUUGUACAUGGUAUACGGCAUAUACACAAAACAUAAAACGCUGUAAAACAUACCAUACAAACAUAACAAUGACUUACACAAGACUGUGAGUAAACUUAGAUUGGAUAAUAAUAAUAUUUAGAAUGUUGUGUCAGUGUCCAG